CUACACGUUAGCCGCGUUGCUAAUUACUUCCUCCGGUCAGAGGACACCAACAUGGCCGCCCCCUUCUGUCGAUAACAUUUCAAUCUCAAUGUUAACUUUCCUUUAACUAACUGUUACACGUUACCUCUAACAAACCGCACCUGAACGCACACGUUCCUCGCCGACAUGUUCCAGGUUAUCGGCGGGAGAAGCGUCCAGGCGGCUCGGGUCUUUGCACCGAGGAGUGCCGUGCUCGUGGAGGCUGUCCGGGGCAGAAAGUCCCGCACCGACCCGGUUGCUAAGUCAAAAGUGGGGCGAAUCAAAGUGCCUUCCCCGGUUGAUCCGGUGGAGAUGGUGGUCCUGAAGGAGCGAUAUGGAGAGUACCAGAUGAUCAUGAGGGCACUCCGUCUGGAGUUUAAGGAGGAGAUGCUUCGGAAAAGGUACGAGGAGGACACAGGCUCUCUGGCAGAAGAGAGAGCGAGGCAGGAGGCGGAGGAGCAUCGCAUCCUCAUGGACUUCAACCACCAGGAGAACCAACGCAUGCUCAAACUCAGAGUUUUGAGGGUCCAGCAGGAAAAGGAGGAAGCUGAUUGCAAGAAGUUGGAGGUUAUCCUUCAGCGCGAACAAGAGCAGCAAGAAAUUGUCAAAGAAAAAGAGAAAGAAAUAUUGAAGUUGCAGGAGGAUGCAAAGAACUUCAUCACCAUGGAAAACUUGGAUCAGCGUAUAGAAGAAGCUCUGGACAAUCCAAAGAAUUACAACUUUGCCAUCGACAAACAGGGGAAAGUUGUUAAACAAACAGUGCUGCAGUGAAAGACUUGACCAUCUGAGGGAAUAAACAAUUGCAGAGAAAUAUCUAACACCCUGGAAGCAGGUUGUCUUUAACUAAACACAGGAAAAGCAUUCAGUGUGAGAAGAUCAUCGUACAUGUGAAACUAAGAAACAUCUAAGUGAUUUCCUGCCUUUUGUUUUUGUUGUUAUAUUCUUCUUUUUCUGAUCGUGUACCUUCACCUUUACAUGUUGUUUUGAUCAUAUCUGUCUUAUCAUGAUAUGUAAUGUCUGUAAAUUAAAUACAUUUUUUCUUGAGUUUCCACGAAAA